CACAAAUGUAUCAUCCAUAUAUAAUUUAUGUCAUAAAAGUGUAACAGGCCCGGGGGUCUAUAUUGGUGGGGGGGGGGGGUCCUGUCCUCAAGCACAUGUGACUCUGGGGCCAUAAAAUUCUUUGGUAGAAAACUCAUUGCUUAUCACAUUCAUACUAGCAGUUUGUCUACUUGAUAUCCAGGGAGUAAGAAGAAGAUUUUUUAACAAUUGCAUUAAUUUUAGUGUUUUUCUGCCCCAAUCCUCAGGCCCCGUUGAUUUUUAAAAUCAAACCGAGUUAAAUAUUGUAAAAUUGCUGAUAAAUUAAGAAAGAGAAUUUUUUUAAAGAAAACAUGAUUACAUCAAAAAUGCCUUUAUACAAGUCUGACAAGAUCUACACUUAAUAUCUAUGCACAUAACAUGAUCUGGUUACAAAUAUGAAAUUCAAUUAACAGGUUUUGGCCACUAUAAGAUGCCUUACAAAAGGCAUUUUUUACUCAGAGUGCGCAAACUUGCAUGGAAUUUCAAAGUCCAGUGUAUGUGUUGCGAUGGACAGAGUUCUUACAUCCCUUUGCCAUCACCUACAGAACAUCAAAUUUCCAUCUGGUGGGGAAGAAAUAAGAAGAUCGAAAACAGAUUUCUUUGGCAAGGCAGGUUUUCCCAAUGUUCUGGGGGCAAUUGAUGGCACUCUCAUCAAAAUACAGGCCCCAUCAGAGAAUGAGCCCAGCUACGUCUGUCGGAAGGGGUUUCAUGCCUUAAACGUUCAGGCUGUUGCUGAUGCCUCUCUUAGAUUUACCGAUUUGGUAUGCAAGUGGCCUGGGGCCGUUCAUGACAGUUUUGUCUUCAAGAACUCAAACUUAAAUAACAUCUUGAGUCAAGGUUGCAGUGGCUGGCUUUUAGGAGAUUCUGGAUAUCCUUUGAAGUCAUACCUUAUGACUCCAGUAAAUAACCCUAAAAACCAACAGGAAGAGAACUACAACUCUUCACACUGCAGAACCCGUGUUGUGGUGGAGAGAGUAUUUGGUGUGCUCAAGCCUCGAUUUCGGUGUUUACAUCCAACUGGUGGUGUACUACUCUUCAGCAUACAGAAAUGUAUUCACACCAUUGUGGCAUGUUUCAAGCUGCAUAACAAAUGCAUUCAGGAUAAAAUACCUAUCCCUGAUGUGGACUGUGAUGCUGACACCCAAGAUGAAGAGGUCAUCAACAAUCUUCAAGUAAAUGCUGCAGGAAAUCAGAUUAGACAGCGAGUGAUACAACUUUUUUGA